AUGGAGGAGCUGCUGCUAAUUCAACUUAUUUCACUGUUCUGCUUUGUUGACAUUUCAAUAGCGACAUUGUCGUUCAACUGUGGAAUCUGUCAGCAAUCUUGUUAUUCAAGCUGUUCAACAGGCAGUUGUAACUGCCCGAAAACCUGCGCCCCUUUUUGUAGUUCGACUCAAAUGCAGAUGUCGCAAUGUAACAUUUGUCAAGAGAGCUGUUAUGCUUCCUGUCAAUCCGGGAGCUGUAACUGUCAACAGUCAUGCGCACACGUAUGUAGAGCUUCACAGUGUUCGUCUUGUCACCAAGCAUGUCAAACCGGUUGCCUAUCAGGCAGCUGUAAUUGUCAACAAGCUUGCGCACUUGUCUGUGUAGGCGUUCAGACACAAACUCAACCAUCGAGUUGUCAAAGUCGCUGCAUAGAACAGUGCACAUUGCCAUGCACGAGUCAAAUGUGCACCAACGCCUGUCAAUCAUCGUGUUCAGCAUCUUGUUCGGCAUCACAACUAUGUGUACAGACACCGGUCCAAACUGGGCAAUGUUCAUGUCAGAGCAGCUGCAAAAGUAGCUGUAUGGAGAAAUGCUUAGCAUAUGCAACUAUUAGUUACUGUCAACCUUCGUGUGAACAAACGUGUUCACAAUCGUGCCAAAAUGUGCAACAGAUAGUGAUGCCGUGCUCAAUCUCAUCUUCUGGAUGUUCAUGUUCCAGUGGCUAUUCGCAAUGUGGCGGCAAAGUUUGUUGCCGUCAUUAA